AUGACCGGUUUAAAGAGUUUACAGCAAUAUAAGCUUGACCAAAAUGCAUUGACUACAUUAGAUAAUGUUAUUCUCCCAGAUAUGACCGAAGUUAACGAUAUCGACAUCGGAGAUAACCAAAUUACAGACUUUUCAAAGCUAAGUGUACUACCGAAACUUGAAGUUCUGGAUGUGCAUGGAAAUCCAAUAGAAAACGUUCAGCCAUUUAGAAAUCUUGGCAAUUUAGAAAAUCUUAAAUAUCUUUACAUUUAUCAGACCCCAUUCUCAGAAAACCUAACGCUCGAACCGAAAUUUUACAAUAUUUGA